CGACAGUGAGAGAGCGAGCCGACGGAACAAAGAAAUAAGGAAUACAAGAAUAAAUGAAUAAAACGCCCCAAGAGAGAGAGAGAGAGAGACCCUACGCGGAGUGAGUAGAGAGAGAGCAGGAAAAAUAAGAAGCACGAAACAGCCGUCCAGUGAGAGGCCAGAGCGAGCGAGACAGCUGCAUAUGUACAUAGCAGCGAACGACGGAAACAGCGUGGUAUCAGGCCCGCAGUCGAACCCCGCAGUCGAACGGAAACAGUUGAAACGAUUGGACGCGAAUUUGUGGACCUCGCUAGCGCUAUCUAAGUGUGUUCCGAAUAAUUUACUGUAUUUGCCAGUGCCCAAGUGUUGACGGUUAAAGUGUUCUAUAAAACUAAGAUAAUUAAAAAAUAAAAAUUACGAAAAGUAAUAAAUGUAUUAUUAAAUGCAACAGCAACUAUCGGUUGCAUGCUCGAAAUUUCCUUUGUGUCUCGCUCGUGUGUGACAAAUGCCACAGCAACGUCGGCGGCAGCAGCAGCACUCGGCCUUAUUUAUGUGCCCGGCUAUGUAAACGGUUCGGUUCAGUCUGCAUCGUGUGCGUGUGUGUGUGCGCUCGGUAAACAUAGAGCAAAGCGGAAAAUACAAUAAAGGUGCUCGAAAGCAACGCGCCGAAGAGCGCAAAGUGUGAGUGUGUGUUUGUGGAGUAAAGCAAGAAAAUAAGUAAAAGAAAUGAAACGCUGUGUUAAAGCUGAGCGUUAGCAUACACUGUGGAUUACAUUACCUAUACAUACCCUGCAAUUGGAUACUGUACGUGGCCCGUACCCCCUCCCACAUCACGAUGCCAAUUAACUGGCUGGAUUAGCAGCAUACAAACACAGCCAACCAAAAGAUUGACGCUUGUGCAACACACAAGCGAAUUCGAGCAACGAGUAUUAUGAUUAUGAUGACGCCAGAGUCGAAAGCGGCAACAACAACUGCAACUGCAACUGCAACUGCGACUGCAACUGAAAAUACAACAAUGGCAAACACUCAAAAGCCAGCGGCAGCGUCGCAGCCGUCUGCAGUGGCAGAAGCCAAGAGCAGCGCUGUCAGCAACGGCAGCAAAAAGCUGGCUUUGUCUUUGAAAGCGCCAACCACAACAACAACAACAACGGCAGCAACAAAAACAGCGACUACUGCCACUGCCACAAAUGUGACGUCGACAAGUGCUGAUAAAAUGCAAAUGCAGCAAAGCCAGCAGCAGCAACUUUUUGCUGCCAGCAACAUUAAAGUAAAAAGUGAAAACACAUUAACAGCAGCAACAACAACAGUUGCAACAACAACAAAAACAACUACAGCAACAACAGUUGCAGCAGCAACAGCAAAAACCAUGUUAGAAAAGAGCAUCAAGAAGGAAUCAACGCCACCGGCAACCACUCCUAAUGUGGAAUCAGUCGAAGCACCCGCCUCCUCCUCCGCCUCAUGCUGCUCAUCGUCGGCAUGGUCGACUACAACAGCCACAUCAGAGGAUGCCAGCAGCAAUGGUGGCGUCUCCGCUGAUGAGGAGGCAGCAGAUACUUCCGAUUUGGCAGCACCAGGCACAUCACUGGGAACAGCAACAACGCCAAGGCCAGUGCUGUUAACUGCCGUUAAUCCACAUAUCAUCUGUCACCUGUGCCAGGGCUACCUGAUCAAUGCCACGACAAUUGUCGAGUGUCUGCACUCCUUCUGCCACAGUUGCCUCAUUAAUCACCUGCGCAAGGAGCGCUUCUGUCCACGGUGCGAGAUGGUCAUCAACAGCGCCAAGCCGAACAUCAAAUCGGACACCACACUCCAGGCGAUCGUCUACAAGCUUGUUCCGGGCCUGUACGAGCGGGAGCUGAUGAGGAAGCGGGCCUUUUACAAGGAUCGGCCGCAAGAGGCAGCUCUGGCCACGCCCGAGCAGCGAGGCGAUGAUACGGAACACUUGAUUUUCGGCCCCACGGAUAACAUGUCGCUGUCCCUGGAAUACGCAGAGUUGGGCGAACUGAGCACCGAAUCCGAGGUGGAGUUUCUGCGCCCGCGGUACCUCCAGUGUCCGGCCAUGUGCCGGGUGAGUCACCUGAAGAAGUUCGUUUACGACAAGUUCGACAUCGAUGUGCAGCGCUUCAGCAUCGACAUAAUGUACAAGGUGAAGACGAUCGUCCUGCUGGACUAUUACACCCUCAUGGACAUUGCAUACAUAUACACGUGGAAGCGGGACGCGCCAAUGCGCUUCUACUUCAGGGUGUACGAGUCGCCGCAGCGGCAGGUGAAACCUACGCCACGUCGCGUGCUCCCAGCGCCCCUAAAGGUGGUGAAGCAGGAGCCGGCCCCUGAAGAGGCCAAGGUGGAGCAAACAACGCCUCCAGCCGCUGCAUCGCCACCCGCCAGCAUAAAGCAGGAGCAGCAGGAGGAGAUCCGAGUGCCCAGUGAGCAGCCCCUCAAGCUGAUCAUCAACCGCAAUAUGCUGGAAAAGCGCGAGAAGAGCCACUCGCCGCAGUCCUCCAGGUCGAGCGCCAAGAACAAUCAUCACACGCCCACUCCGUCCACCUCCUCCUCCUCCUCCUGUCCAUCGCCCAGUGGGGAGCUUAACAUCAAGCUGAAGAUCGAUUUGUCCAAGCACAACAGCGUCACCAUCAUAAACAUGUCCGAUCCGGAGCGCAAGGAGAUUGUGAAGCCGCUGAAACCAGAGAAGGAGUCGCGCUCAAAGAAUCGCAGCAAGGACAAGGACGGCAGUCCCAAGUCCUCGAGCAGCAGCAGCAGUAGCAGCAGCAGCAGCUUCGAACGGAAGCGUAAGAGUCCCAGUCCGCUGACAGUGCCACCGCUGACCAUUCGCACAGAGCGCAUUUUAAGUCCCAGCGGUGUCAGCACCCUCAGUCCCCGCUGCGUGGCCAGCACCGUCAGCUACGAGGAUCCCAAGUCUGAGUUCCUCAAGUCGUUUGCCUUGACGCCCAUCAAGGUGAAAGUCGAAUCUCCGGAGAGGCCAUCGAGCAGCAGCCACAGAGCCCCCACUCCCCCGAAGACGACAGUUUCUGGGUCUGGGUCUCACUCGCACAACAGCGGAAGGUCCAAGGGCAGCCUGGAGGACAGGGAGCUGAUGAGGCCACCAGCCGGAAUGGCACCCAAGUCGAUCGCCUCAAAACGCAAGAGCAAGGAGCCCAUCAAGGCCAUCUCCAAGAAGCCAAAGCUCUCACCGCCCCUUCCCCGCGAGGAUUUUAAAAUUCGUCUGCCGGCCACCAACACGCAUUCUCAACCGCCGAAAUCUCCGUCCACGCCACCACCAUUUGUCGGCAGCUUGGAGAAGCUUAUGCCGCCACCGCCAAAGCCACCGCUGCUGCCGUCCCGCAAGCCUCAGCUCGCGCCACAGUUUUCUCUGUCCUCGCCUCUCCACCCGGGCAUGCAGAUGGCGGCCCCAGGCAACCGCACGCCCAUCGCCAAGCGCUACCACCCCAUCCUGCCGAAGGCAGCGCGACCCAAUCCGUUCGCCAACAUUCCCAACGAGGUGAACCGUCUGCUGAAGGACGCUGGCACCGAGAUCAAGUCGAUUGGAGGCAACACAAGCGCCUCCUCCUCCGCCAAGUCGCAUGUGUACGGACCCAAGACUGACACCAAGAUGGGACCACCGCCGCCACCGGCAGGCGCUGCAGCUGCCAACGCUGGACGCCAAACGAGCGGAGGCCACGCAAAAACCGGAGGCAACAAUCAACCGCAGCCCCAUUCGUCCCCCAGCUCCAACGGUGGCCAGAACAAGGCGGCCAACAACUACCUCAAUUUGGCCCUGUUCAAUGCCAGCAAGUCAAAGGGACGGGAGGCGCCACCCGGCUGCCGCACGCCCAUGUACACGCCCAACUCGCCCAUCUACUCGCCCAGCUCGCCGCAGUACGUGCCCAACUACAACAUCCCCACGAUGCCCACAUACAAGUACACGCCCAAGCCGAGCCAGGCCACCGCGAGUGGCUACCUGCAGAGUAUGCUCGGAGGCAGCGGCAGCGGCAGCGGCAGUGGGGGAUCGAUGUCGGGGUCGCUGUUCCCCUCACCGCCCACGAAAUCCGACCAGAACACCAAUCCGGCCCCGGCCGGUGCAGCUACGUCGUCCGGCCAUGCCUUCCAGCGUGGCACCAGUCCCAACAACAACAACGAGGAUGCGCCCGAGAAGCAACAGGUGAAGGUCAAGUCCCUGCUCAACUCGUGCAACAUCAACAUCCCGUCCUCGCUGUCGAUCACCAUCUCCAGGGACAACGGCGACUCCUCGUCGGCCAGCAACGGGUCACAUCCGAAGCACAAGAGUCCCGUCAACAAUUACAUCGAGAUCGUAAAGCUGCCCGACCAGCCGCAGGACCAGGGACAGAAGUCCGCUGCCGGCGGUGCCACGGAUGCCCAAAAACGUCAGUCGCCUCCAGCGCCCACUCCCGUACGCACUCCACCCCCAGUCCAAGCUCCUGCUCCUGCUCAAGCUCCAGCGGCAGCGGCAGCAUCCAUGCGACUGCCCCAGCCACCGCCCUCCAAGGCUAUUCCCUCCCCGCAACAUCUGAUGUCGCGUAUGACGCCGCCACAAUUGCCGCAAACAAACCCGACCUCGGCUUCGCCCGCUGCUCCCAGAGGCAUCACACCGCCCAAGAUUUCGCCACCCACAAGCGCCAAGGGCACGCCAGUGCUGACGCCCUCGCAGGCGGACGCCAAGAAGACGCCCAGUCCGGAGAAGCGCAACGCUGCCCAGAUGGGCAGCCACUCACCCACCGCCAGCGAGAACAAGUCACCAAAGUCCGCAGGACAGUCGACUCCAGGCUCUGCCACUCCCAACGGAGAUCCGGCGGCCAAGAAGUUCCGUCCCAUUCUGCCACGCCAGAACGCCCAAAUCCCAGAUACGGCCGCCAAGCUGCCCAGCCUGGCGCCCGUCUUCAACUUCAGCCAGCCCCAGAGUCAGGUUCAGACCGGCAUCAAGAAGGUGCCGACCAGCAAGAAAUCCCCCAACGGAGGAGCAGCAGUCUUUCUGCCGCCCUUGCCGAAGCUUCCCAACGGCGGCCAUCCAGCGCAGAAGCCGAGUCCUCCGCUGAAGAGCCAACAGAUGGGUGCCAAGAAGGCGACAAAGAAUCCCACACCUCCACCUUCAUCGUCUUCCAGUUUGGGUGGCGGUACCCAAGGCAAUCAUGGCAAGCUGAUGCCCCAUCCCGGUCUGCCGGGGUUGAACGCACCGCUGAGCAUCGCCUCUAGUGCUGCGGCCGCUGCCGGGCAAAUGGAUCUGAACAACUAUAUCAAGGAGAACCUGAUCCGUGCGCAGGUGGCCCAGGCGGCACAAGCCGCCCAGGCCCAAGCGGCCGUCAAUCAGUCGAGUAUGCUGUACAAUUUUGCCCAGAUCGGGCAUAUGUCCCCGGCGAUGUACAACUACCAGCAGGCGUACCUCAUGGAGCAGCUCACGCGGAUGCAGCGGGCUGGCAACGAGGUGUUCAACGACUACCUCCAGAAGCUGAAGAGUGCGACCAAUGGCCAGCAAGGCGAUGGCGAUCACAAGACAAUCAUGCCCAUGCUGCCUACCGUCACGCUGCCCAGCCCAUCCUCUGCUACGUCGGCAGCCAGCCCAAAGACCUCGACCCUGUCCAAUGGAAAAGUGUCGGCAGCAUCCAAAGCGCCAUCCAGCCACACACCAUUGUCGCUGGCCAAGAGUGGCAGUGGGGCUAGUCCGAGACAGCAGACGGCGGCCACCACCGCCGCACCCCAGGCGGCUGCCACCAAGAGCAAGUGAACAGCAGCCACCCGUCCAUAUUCUUUCCCAUUGAGGCGGAAGCUGAAGGGAGUCCGUGUCUGCAUCCGGAGCGAGGUGUGAGAGGGCCAUGAUUAAAGGCGAGGCAACAUCCGAAGCACCAGCAGCAGCACCAGCAGCAACAGUGGCUCCUGGCUAGCUCUAAUUAAUAUUUAAAGACUUUGUUUUUAGUUGAACCCGUAGACGACCCGCCACCCCGUUCGCGAGUCAAAACCAGAACCAAUUCCUCGCCCUAAUUAUUGUUGGAAGCAACCACCACGCCAGUCCAGAAGGGGGUAGCGAGCGUAGCUAAUGCCGUGCGGCCUCCAGUCUAGCGUUACGUAUCCAUACGAUGGGUGUAAACUUCCCCUAGAAUAUAGACCAUAGACCAUAGACCAUAGUCCUAUGUAAAUAUUGAUCAUUUGUUCAUCUAUUAGAUGUAUACAGAAAAAAAGACAGCGAUUCAGAAUCGAUUUAUGCAGAUACGAUAAUCAUAGGAAUAUAAAUUUAAGUGCUGCGGCAAAGUUGAGCUAAUCCUAAGUGUAAAUACCAUCCAUUAAAUACGAUUUUUAUAUCAUCUUUUUUACCCAAAAACUAAGCGCAAAAAUAAAAAUCGAAAUUAUACCAACAA